AUAUCAGUCAUCUUACGGGUCGGGUCGAUGGUGGUUUGAUUUUAUUGCCUAGAAACAAAAACCCCUCUUCCAAACCCUAGCGACCGAGAAAGAGAAGAACCGGUGAAAGAUAAUUAGGAGAUUCCUCGGAAUUGGAAUCCACUGAUCGAUUCUCGAGAAAUGGGUUUGACGAAUUUCAUACUGACGGUGGCGGGAGUAAGCGCGGUUGUGGUUCUGCUGAGGAGCGACGUCAAGCAAUCCGCCGCCAUUUUCCGCCGGAACGUCAAGCACCUCCGCAACUGGCUCGAAGAAGAAUCUUCUGCAGCCUCCAAUUCUAGAUCUCUUCUGUUUUCGGUGUUGUUUCGCUCUGAGUUCGUGCUCUUCUUCCGGGGUUCCUUCAUUUUUUUCUGUUCCCGUCAUCCACUGAUUUUGGAGUUUGGUUGUUCAAAUGUGAAUCAUGAUUCUGCGUCAUCUGCGAUACCAAGGGCAGCCGAGGCCACGAAACCAAAAGAAAUAGAUUCGAAGAUUCCGGAGAAGGGUGUCCCAAAAGAGAAGGAUUAGAUGUCUAUACAGGGAGAGGCGUUUGUUUCAAAACACUUUUGUCAAGGUAGUGUAGCUAUUUGGCAUGUGAAUUUCAGUUUGAAGUCAAGGCUGUUUCAAAACACUUUGGUCUUGGUGAUGUAAUAAGCUAUUAACUUCAGUUUAAAAAGCAAAGGUUCUAACUUUAGAAGUCUUA